AUGUUCUUCUCUCGCUUCAUUGCCCUUGCUAUGGCUACGAGCAUUGCUCUCGUCAGCGCCGGUCCAACGCCAACCACAGAUACCUGCAAUGUCAAUGCUGCAAUCUAUAGUUUGACUGGGUUCAAUGGCCGUCGCAAGGAGCUCCCGAUUGAUUCCGAGUGCAACCCUCUGGCUGAUCCAUUCGUUACAUCCGUUGGAUCCGUGAAGCUGCCCCGCGGUGCCCUGUGCCAAUUCUAUUCCGACGCAAACUGCGAAACCAGCACUUCCAUCGUCUCUUCCCGUAGCAUCCCAGAUGCCUUUAAACACGAUGGCCGUCAAACCAAGAGCAUCAAAUGCCUCUACAUUCCUGACGAAUCUGAGAAGCCUGCUGAGAAGGAGGAGAGCGAGAGCGAGAGCGGAUAG